AUGAAAAUGACUGAUUAUCAACGAUGGCGCUGUAUGAAAGCGCUUAAUAAAUUGUUCGAAUUCUCUAUUUCAGACAUGUUUUCGGAGCCUGUCGAUCCAAUUGCUGAUGGAUGCCCUGAUUAUUUUGAAAAAAUCGAGUAUCCAAUAGAUCUUGGAACAAUCAAAAAGAAACUCAUAAAUGAUGAAUACAAGUCAACAGAUGAAUUCAAAUACGAAGUAAAUUUAGUUUGGGAUAACUCCUAUCGAUAUAAUGGUAAACAAGCCAUUGUUUCAUUACUAGCAAAACAAUUAUCUGUUGUUUUCAACAAAGAAGCUGAAUUCUUUUCAGGAAACGAUAUUCUUGAUUGGAAACGAGAAUGUGAAGCUUUAGAAGAAGCUGUUGGCCUAAGGAAUGCAAACCAAAAGCAAGUUGCUAUUCCGCCACCUCCACAGCCUGUUGAAAGAAAGCCAAAUCCACCAAGAAUUAAGCGACAAAUGUCAGCACCAAUCAAGGAGAUUCCAAGUCCUGUAAAACCGCAAAGAUCUCGCUCCAAUAAGAAGUCCCAUGCACAUGCUGAGCCUGUAGUUGAACAGCCUGUUAUUGAAGAAAGAAAGAUCGAAUACCCAACACUCCCACCAUAUGAAAAGGAGCCUCUAACUGAUGAGCAAAAAGAAUUACUUGCAAAAGAUAUCAACUCUUUAACAAAUCAAGAUUAUAUCGACCAAAUUAUACAAUUCAUUCGAACUCAAAAGCCUGAGAUGGUUGUCGAUGAUGCAAUAGAAUCGAAUAUUACUAACCUAGAAGAUCCUCAUAUUAUUCAUCUCCGCUCAAUUGUAAGUGAUAUGAUGCAACAUAUUGCUGCUUAG